ACAGAAGCUUCCUCUCCUUCUCAAAAUUCUCUAUAAAAACCUUAAAGCCGCCUUUAUCUCUCUAUAAUUUCUCAAAGCAGCGGAAAAAAUAAGAAACAGAAAAAGAAAAAGAACUCACUUCCUCUCUCUUACAAGAAUGGGGUUUCCAGUUGGGUAUACAGAAGUUUUCUUGCCAAAACUGUUUGUUCAUACACUUUCUUUCCUGGGUUUUAUCAGAAACAUCAUUCUUUGUUUUUUUAACUUUCUGGGUCUUUCAGAUUUUCUUGAAACAGACAACAUCUGGCCUGAAAAUCCGACCCGGAAUUACACCCACCCCCCAGUUUCCGCCACCCUGAUCCGUGAAAUCCUGCCCGUUAUCAAAUACGAGGACCUGGUCGCCGGUGAUGCCGAGCUGCCGGAGAGUUGUGCUGUCUGCUUGUAUGAGUUUGAGAGAGAAGCUGAGAUCAGAUGGCUAAAGAAUUGUAAGCACAUUUUUCACAGAGCGUGUUUAGACCGUUGGAUGGAUCAUGAUAGGAACACGUGUCCUCUUUGUAGGACAUCGUUUGUUCCAGACGAGAUGCAAGAAGAGUUCAAUCAACGGUUAUUGGCUGCUGCUGCUGACAACGAUGGUGAUUUUUUUUAUAGCGAAUACAGUUCUGUUCCGGUUUUGUAAAGUGAAAAGAGAAAAAAAAAAAAAAAAGACGGCCCUUUUUGGUGCUGUUUGUAGUGAAAUGUAUAUACAAUGAAGUUUUGGCAAUUUAAUUGGCCAAAUGAAAACAAGAAAAUUGUUUUGAUACUCUUUCUUGUUUUUCUUUUUCCCAUCA